CGUGUACUUCACCGAGUGAUUUCCCAAAUUACUUUUUUUCUUCUUAAUUGAAUACUCCACAUCAUAAUACUACGUAUUUGACAUCCUUACUUCUCACAUUUUUCCAUUCAUCUUCCCUUCUUUGUGUCUUUCAACCUACCAUGAAAGCCCUACACAUAGAAAAUGAGUUUCCAUGAAUAUGUGAACUGAAGUGAAAGUACACAAAAAGAAGAAAAAUUGCUACAGGAAAAUAAGAAAGCAAAAAGGCAGCAUAUUGGUUAGUAUUUAGUAGGAGUAGUCGUAUUAUCAGGUCAAUCUUUGCAGAAGGAAGGUUCUUUUUCAAGGUAAUUAAAUAAAUUCUUCCUUUUCUUCUUCAAUAUUUGCAAUUCUAUAAUAUGUUUGACAGAUUAAGGAAGGAUUAUGAAAAAUCAAAGUUAAAUAGAAAACAAUUAUAUAAUUAGGGUUAAAAACAUGAAUGAUUAAAUUAAUUGAAAUUACAAUAUGACAAAUUUUGAAAAGACUAAUUUAACUUGUUGAUUCUUUGCUAGAUUAGCCACCCGCAAAAUCCAUUAACUAAAUCCCCCACAUUAUUUAUUUUGUUUGAUGUGGUUUCUUGAUUGUUUGAGAUUUUGGUAAAACAAAUAUGGAAGUGUUAUUGUCAUUUUGUCAUCGGUGAACAAAUGGGUUUUAUCAAGUAGGCACCUUGAAUUUUUUUUUUUAAGACUAAUUUGUUCUUCUCAUUUCAUUUUUUCUAAUUUUAUUUUUGUGUGUGUGUUUAUGAACUAUUUCCGAUUGUACUUGCAAGCUUAUCAUAAUUUCAACUAUAUUGCAGAUGGAUAAUGAUUAUAUUUUGGGGAUUUUAAACUCCGACAACCCAUCAAUUAAUGUGGAAGAUAUGUUUACUGAACAUAUUCAAACUAGCAAAAUAAUGAAAAAAAUUGACACCAAAGAGAAAGAAGCCUGAUAAUUCCCUAGUGCAGCUUGAUUGUUCUUUCCCUGGCCAUCCACACGAACCUUCCCAACCAUUUAAUCAAACACCUCCUUUGUUUCCCAUUCUUGAUAAUCCACCUUUGUCACCAAGUUCUUAUGAUGAUGACUCAGCUGAAGAUGAAACAUACAAGAUGAACCCAUACGAGAUAAGAGAGGCUUACAUUGACGAUAUUAUUGGUGAAAGUGAUAGAAAAAGCAGGUGCAAAAAGGCAGUUGGGAAACAAAUAGUGGAACAAGAUAUUGAGGAUGUAGAAUCUCAAGAAGAUGGAGAUGAGGAUGAUGUUAAUGAGGAGUAUCAUUAUGAAUCUGACAAUUCAGUACAGUGGGAUGAAGUUCUUAGGGAAGAGUUGCGAUAUGAUGAUGAGGAAUUGAUAACAUUUAGAGAAGCAUUACUACAAAGAAGGAAAGAACAAUUGACAUCCAAAUGGUCAAUCAAUGAUGUUGAUAGAAACCAAAACAAUAUCCCAGAUCAUUCUGGUGAAAUUGAAAGAACUCAACACCAAGAAAAUGUGAAUAUUCAAGAAAAUCAAUCAGGUAAUGUAACUGGACAUUGGCCAGCAUAUUGGACAACAUUUGAGGGUGGUUAUGAGUCCGAACAAAGAGACUCUGACAAUGAGGAUCCACUCUCAUCUGAUGAAAAUUCUGAUUGUGAUGUUCCUAUUCAAAAGAGAAAGAAGAAUGUAGUGUAUCAUAUAUUCAAUGAGAAGAUAGACAUGAAACAAGUUGAUCUCUUAGUUGGACUGAGAUUCACUUCAAGAGAUGUUUUUAAGGCGGCUAUUUUGGCAUAUUCCAUCCAGCAACAUAAGGACUUAAAGUACCUUAAAAAUGAUAAGAGAUUCAUUAGUAUUGGAUGUGCCAAUUGUAGGUGGGAGCUUAUGUCUGGCCCUGAUGUUGAAGAUCCUACAGGUUGGCAAAUCAAAUCCAUGCAACCACUACAUGAAUGGUGUACAAGAACAUUUCAAAAUAGGCUUAUAACUGUGAAUUGGUUAUCUAAUGAAUAUUUAGAUAGAAUUUUGAGAAAUCCAUUAAUGAAAGCAAUUGAAAUGAAGGCUGACAUGAGAGCUAGAUAUGAUAUUAUUGUAGGCCUCAGACAAUGCCAACGAGCAAAGGGAAAGGCUCUGAAUGCUGUACAGAGUUUAAUGAACAAACAAUAUGGUAUCCUCAAACCAUACUUGAAUGAAUUAGUGAAGUCUAACCCUGGCACGACAUGUGUCUUGAAGACUCGCGAUGCUGAACUCGGUCAGCCAAGGCAAUUUUUGAGAUUUUAUGUGUGUUUUGCUGCUCUCAAAAAAAGUUUCAUUGAGAAUUGUAGACCUAUAAUAGGGGUGGAUGGAUGUUUUUUAAAGCAUGCUUGUGGCGGUCAUUUAUUGUGUGCUGUUGGUAGGGAUGGAAACAACCAUAUGUUCCCAAUAGGAUGGGCUGUUGUUGAAAGAGAAACCAAAAGUAGUUGGGAGUGGUUCUUGAGGCUUAUUUCUGAAGUUCUGCAUAUGGAUAAUGGUGAUGGAUGGACUGUUGUAUCUGACCAACAGAAGGGGCUUAUUGAUUCUAUUGUGAAAAUAUGGCCAAAAGUAGAGCACAGGCAAUGUGCUAGGCAUAUUUACUCUAACUGGAGGAAAAAGCAUAAGGGAAGGGUGCUUCAAAAACAAUUCUGGAAAUGUGUUAAGGCUACUAGCUCUGGUGAGUUUGAGACUCAUUUAGCUUCUUUGAAGUCAAUGUCAGAAGAAUCACUUGUGGAUUUUGAAAAGAGAAAUACCGAAACUUUUUGUAAAUCUAAAUUUCAAACGCACUCUUGUUGUGAUGUGGUUGACAACAAUAUGGCUGAAACUUUCAAUAGUUUUAUUUUGUUAGCUAGGUAUAAACCCAUAGCGACUAUGUUAGAGGAUAUUAGGCUUGCUCUUAUGGAGAGAAUGAAAAAUAAGAAGAAGGUUGUAAGUGCCUUUGUCGCUGGGAUCGCACCUAGGAUAAGUCUUAAAAUAGUAGAGUCUUAUAAUGAACAACAGAAGUGUGAAUGUAGAUGGAAUGGUGAAGACUCUCAGACUGGGUUUGAAGUGAUUCAUAAUGGGGUUGGACAUGCUGUUGAUUUGGAAAAGAGAACAUGUAGUUGUAGGUCAUGGGAACUUACUGGAAUUCCUUGUGCCCAUGCCAUGAGUGAUAUUUUGUAUAUGAGGCAUAAACCUGAAGAUUACAUAGCCAAAUGGUAUACAAGUGACACUUUUGAGAAGACAUAUCAAAACUUGUUGCAACCAGUUCCAGGUAACUUAUUCUGGGAUCACGAAGGAGAAGGGUUAGUGUUGCCCCCUGACAUUAUCAAGAAGGGCCCGGGAAAGAGGAAGACUGCUAGAAUAAAGGAGGCUCACGAACAAACCAAAGGAAACGCCAAGUAUAGUAGGAAGGGAUUGCCUACUAAAUGCUCAAACUGUAGGGAAACUGGACAUUACAAGGGAAAAUGUCCAAUGCCCCCUAAACAACAAACGGAUCCCUCCCAAGAAAGUACAAGAACUGGUGGUAAAACUUGGGCAAGAGGAAGAAAAAAGGGAAGCAAGAACAGAGUUGGGAGAAGCAUUCCAGAUCUGGUGAAGGAAAAUGUCCCAACACCAUCACAGUAUAUACAAAAAACUAGAAGGGGAAGUAACAUCUAAGGAAAGAGGCAAAGGAAAACAAAAGGGAAGAGGAAGAGGAAGAGGAAGAGGAAGAGGAACACCACCUGUGGGAAUUGAAAUCUAUUAUGGAAAUGAUGGACAAUCGUUCUUCAGUGGAUCUACAUCAACACCAUCAGUGGUACUUAAUCACAACCAGCUUCCAUCAACAUGAGUUUCAUCUCAUUAGUUGAUCCCAGCAUAACAGCAAGUACCUUAUUUUGAUUAGAUUCUUAGAGCUACUUUUCAAUUGGGUUUUUCAUUGGUAUGAGAAAGAAGAUCGUAUUUUGGUAUUUGCUUGAUUGAAUAUGGUGGUUGUUUUAUCUUUGUUUGAUUGCAUAACUUUAUGGGUGUAGUCACCAUUCUAAAAAGAACAUAAAGCUUCUUGGUAAUUUUUAUGUAUUUAUCCAUUAUCAUCAAUGCCAACUCUUUUUUGGACCCACA